CCGGUGGUAGGGGUGGAGCCACCCAGUCCCGUCUCAAUUUAGACUUCUCACUCCGCUUUUAGGCGCGCCCAUUUCAGAUUGCUAAACUCCGGAGUCAGGGGAAAAAAAGCGGGGAGGAGGUGGAAAGCCACACCCCGCGGCGCCCGCGAAUUUCCCCAGGAGCCGACGGUGGCUCGGGCAGACGCGGCCGAGAUGCGGGGCCCGGGGCUCCUGACCGCAGCCCACCUCGCGUGCGUGUGGACCGUCGUGCUGGCCGCGGCCCCCGGGCCUAGGUUUCUGGUGACAGCCCCGGGGAUCAUUAGGCCUGGAGGAAAUGUGACUGUUGGAGUAGAGCUUCUGGAACACAGCCCCUCCCAGGUCACUGUGAAGGCAGAGGUGGUCAAGAUGGCAGCCAACCUCACUGUCUCUGUCCUGGAAGCAGAGGGAGUCUUUGAAAAAGGCUCUUUCAAGACACUUACUCUUCCAUCACUACCUCUGAACAGUGCAGAUGGGAUUUAUGAGCUACGUGUAACUGGACGUGCCCAGGAUGAGAUCUUAUUCUCUAAUAGUACGCGCUUAUCAUUUGAGACCAAGAGAAUGACUGUCUUCAUUCAAACAGACAAGUCCCUCUAUAAGCCAAAGCAGGAAGUGAAGUUUCGUGUCGUUACACUCUUCUCAGACUUUAAACCUUAUAAAACUUCUUUAAACAUUCUAAUAAAGGACCCCAAGUCCAAUUUGAUCCAACAGUGGCUGUCAGAACAAAGUGAUCUUGGCGUCGUUUCCAAAACUUUUCAGUUAUCUUCCCAUCCAAUACUUGGUGACUGGUCCAUUCAAGUUCAAGUGAAUGACCAGACAUAUUAUCAGUCAUUUCAGGUUUCAGAAUAUGUAUUACCAAAAUUUGAAGUUACUUUGCAGACACCAUUAUACUGUUCUUUGAAUUCUAAGAGCUUAAAUGGUACUGUCACAGCAAAGUAUACAUACGGGAAGCCAGUGAAAGGAGAUGUAACACUUACAUUUUUACCUUUAUCCUUUUGGGGCAGGAAGAAAAAUAUUACAAAAAAUUUUAAGAUAAAUGGAUCUUCAAACUUCUCUUUUAAUGAUGAAGAGAUGAACAAAGUAAUGGAUUUUUCGGAAGGGCGUUCUGAAUACAUGUAUCUGUCUUCUCCUGGGCCGGUGGAAAUUUUAGCCACAGUGACAGAAUCACUUACAGGUAUCUCAAGAAAUGCAAGUUCUAAUGUAUUUUUCAAGCAACAUGAUUACAUCAUUGAGUUUUUUGAUUAUGCUGCUGUCCUGAAGCCAUCUCUCAACUUUACAGCCACUGUGAAGGUAACCCGUGCUGAUGGCAAUCUACUGACUUUUGAAGAAAGAAGAAAUAAUGUAGUUUUAACAGUGACACAGAAAAACUCUUCCGAGAACUGGAGCCGAUGGAUCAGUACCAGGAACCAGGAAAUGAAAGCUGUCCAGAUCAUAAAUUAUACUGUCCCUCAAAAUGGAAUCUUUCAGAUUGAAUUCCCAGUCCUGGACGAUUCCAAUGAGCUACAGUUAGAGGCCUCUUUUCUUAAUAGUGUCAGUAACAUGGUCGUUCAUGGUAUGUUUAAGUCUCCCAGUAAAGAAUACAUCCAGCUAAAAACAAGAGAUGAAAAUAUAAAGGUGGGAUCACCUUUUGAGUUGGCGGUUAGUGGCAACAAGCCACUAAAGAAGGAGUUAAGCUAUAUGGUAGUAUCCAGGGGACAGUUGGUGGCUGUAGGGAAACAAAAUUCAACGACCUUCUCUUUAACUCCAGAAAAUUCUUGGGCUCCAAAAGCCUGUAUUAUUGUGUAUUAUAUUAAAGAUGAUGGAGAAAUUAUAAAUGAUGUUCUAAAAAUUCCUGUUCAGCUUGUUUUUAAAAAUAAGAUAAAGCUGUCUUGGAGUAAAGCUCAUGCUGCACCAUCUGAGAAAGUCUCUCUUAGGAUCUCUGUGACACAGCCAGACUCAAUAGUUGGGGUUGUAGCUGUCGACAAAAGCGUGAAUCUGAUGAAUGCCUCAAACGAUAUUACAAUGGAAAAUGUGGUCCAUGAGUUGGAGCUCUAUAACACAGGAUAUUAUUUAGGCAUGUUCAUGAAUUCUUUUGCAGUUUUUCAGGAAUGUGGCCUCUGGGUAUUGACAGAUGCAAACCUUAUAAAGGAUUACAUUGAUGGUGUUUAUGACAGCAUAGAAUUUGCCGAGAGGUUUAUAGAGGAAACUGAAGGAUACUUGGUAGAUUUUCAUGACUUUUCUUCGGUUAGUGAUCCACAUGUCAGAAAGCAUUUUCCAGAGACUUGGAUUUGGCUAGACACCAACAUGGGUUCCAAGAUUUACCAAGAAUUUGAAGUUACCGUGCCUGAUUCUAUCACUUCUUGGGUGGCUAAUGCAUUCGUGAUCUCUGAGGACUUAGGUUUUGGACUAACCAGGACUCCAGUGGAGCUACAAGCCUUCCAACCAUUUUUUAUUUUUUUGAAUCUUCCCUACUCUGUUAUCAGAGGUGAAGAAUUUGCUUUGGAAGUAACCAUAUUCAAUUAUUUGAAAGAUGCCACUGAGGUUAAAGUAAUCAUUGAGAAAAGUGACAAAUUUGAUAUUCUAAUGGCUUUAAGUGACAUAAAUGCGACAGGACACCAGCAGACCAUUCUGGUUCCCAGUGAGGAUGGGGCAACUGUUGUUUUUCCAGUCAAGCCAACACACCUGGGGGAAAUUCCAAUCACAGUCACAGCCAUUUCACCUGCUGCUUCUGAUGCCAUCACGCAGAAGAUUUUAGUAAAGGCUGAAGGAAUAGAAAAAUUGUAUUCACAGUCCAUCUUGUUAGACUUGACAGUCCACAAGUUACAAACUCCCCUGAAAACUUUGAGUUUCUCAUUUCCUCCCAACACAGUGAGUGGUAGUGAAAGAGUUCAGAUCACUGCAAUUGGAGAUAUCCUUGGUUCCUCCAUCAGUGGCUUAGCUUCAUUGAUUCGGAUGCCUUAUGGCUGUGGUGAACAGAACAUGAUAAAUUUUGCUCCAAAUAUUUAUGUUUUGGAUUACCUAACUAAAAAGAAACAACUGACAGAAAACUUAAAAGAAAAAGCCCUUUCCUUUAUGAGGCAAGGUUAUCAAAGAGAACUUCUCUAUCAGAGGGAAGAUGGCUCUUUCAGUGCUUUUGGGAAUGAUGAUCCUUCUGGUAGUACUUGGUUGUCAGCUUUUGUUUUAAGAUGUUUCCUUGAAGCUGAUCCUUAUAUAGAUAUUGAUCCGAAUGUGUUACACAGAACAUAUACUUGGCUCAAAGGACGUCAGAAAUCCAAUGGUGAAUUUUGGGAGCCAGGAAGAGUGAUCCAUAGUGAGCUUCAAGGUGGCAAUAAAAGUCCAGUAACACUUACAGCUUAUGUUGUGACUUCUCUCCUGAGAUAUAAAAAAUAUCAGCCUAAUAUUGAUGUUCAAGAGUCAAUCAACUUUUUGGAGUCUGAAUUUAAUAGAGGAAUUUCAGAUAAUUAUACUCUAGCUCUUAUAACUUAUGCACUGUCAUCUGUGGGGAGCCCUAAAGCCAAGGAAGCUUUGAAUAUGCUGACUUGGAGAGCAGAACAGGAAGGAGACAUGCAAUUCUGGGUGUCUUCAGAGUCUAAACUUUCUGAAUCCUGGCAGCCACGCUCCCUGGAUAUUGAAAUUGCGGCCUAUGCGCUGCUCUCACACUUCCUGCAAUAUCAGGUUUCUGAGGGAAUCCCGAUUAUGAAGUGGCUCAGCCGGCAAAGAAAUAGCUUGGGAGGUUUUGCAUCUACCCAGGACACCAUUGUAGCCUUGAAGGCCUUAUCUGAAUUUGCAGCUCUAAUGAACACAGAAAGUACAAACAUCCAAGUGAUUGUGAUGGGGCCCAGUUCACCAAGCCCUAUAAAGUUUCAGAUUGACAGACAGAACCGGUUUCUCCUCCAGAUGGCAGAGCUUGCGGUGGUACAGCCAAUUGCAGUUAAUGUUUCCGCAAGUGGUUUUGGAUUUGCUAUUUGUCAGCUUAAUGUUAUUUAUAAUGUGAAAGAUUCAGGUUCCUCAAGAAGACGAAGAUCUGUUCAAGACCAAGAAGCCUUUGAUUUAGAUGUUGCUGUAAAAGACAAUAAAGAUGAUAUCAAUCACUUGAAUCUGAAUGUGUGUACAAGGUUUUUGGGCCCAGCUAGAAGUGGCAUGGCCCUUAUGGAAGUGAAUCUGCUCAGUGGUUUUACUGUGCCUUCAGAUGCAAUUCCUCUGAGUGAGACAGUGAAGAAAGUGGAACACGAUCAUGGGAAACUCAACCUAUAUUUAGAUUCUGUAAAUGAAACCCAGUUGUGUGUUGAUAUUCCUGCUGUGAGAAACUUUAAAGUUUCAAAUACACAAGAUGCUUUGGUGUCCAUAGUGGAUUACUAUGAACCAAGGAGACGAGCGGUGAGGAGUUACAACUCUGAAGCGAAGCUGUCUUCUUGUGACCUCUGUGGGGACAUUGGCGGAUGCGGUCCUUGUGAGAACGGAGCUGCGCCCUCCCUUUGUCACCCUUCAGUAGUUUUCGUGCUCUGUCUCACGCUUCUGUUUUGUUUGCACCGUUGGCCAUGAUUUGGUUUUUAAAGACUCCAUGUAACAUUGAUGUUUCCAGUCACACGUGAUUGUCUUGUUUUCAUGACCGAGCAUUGCUUCUGACUAUUUUUGAAAAAUAAUUUUUUUCUUUUUAUGGGGUUGUUGGGAAUGGUGUACAGUUAGGUCCUAGUACAGCUGCACAGAUGUCUUCAUGUGACUUCUGUGUAGAACAAAAAAUCAGAGUUACUGCAGUUGUGCGCAAUGAAAAAUCGUUAAGGGGUUUUUCAUGGAGGUGUUGUCUUCUCCAGAAUAAAUGUGUUAUUUUAGAUUAUUCCUUUGAUUUUCUAGAAGAAAUGCUAGGUUCUUAAGCAUUAUUAGAGACCAGUGUUGGUUUUUGCAUUACAGGCAGAUAUCUGGAAACUAGGAGAAAACAGCCAGAAGGAGGAGCUUGCUCUGUUCCCUUCUAGCAUCCACUCUGCCCUCUGCCCACCCCACACCUAGUGGUCCCAGUAUAUCCUUUGUGAUUGAAUAUCACUUCUUUCUUUUUAAAAUGUAGGGGGGCAGAAUUUUUUUUAAGUGAAGUGAUGUUUUUUCACUCCAAUUGUAAUCUCAACCCUCAACCUUUAACCUUCCUGUUUUUCUUCUGGAGAGAAGGAGACAUGGAAUGUGUUUUCCUGAGCUUUGCAGUCUGCUUCAGAGCUUGAGGAGUGUACAGAAAACUGCUCCAAGGGUGCGCUGCCCUCCCUCUCACUUCCUAAGCCCCCCACACUGGGUCUCUUUCAGGGAUGAGAGUCAGAGGGCACAGCAAUAUGUGCCCUACGUGAUCUAGACUAGAAGAUCCUAGACCAGAAGACACAGCUUUGUUAGUAUUGUAUUAGCCAGGGUAGUACAAGAGCCCAGAUGAGAUGCAGCAGGCUGGCCUCCCUGUGGUCAGGGAAAGAAGCUGGGGCUUGACAGGGACCAAGAGAGGUGAACGUCACUGACCCUCAAGUCUGGUUGGGUGUUGCCCAGGGUACUGUAGAAGCUCUUCUAGACUCAGGUGUCUGAGUGUCAGAUGGCCAGCUAUCUGGUGACAUCUAAUGCUUGUGUGAAUCUUUAAGAUUUCUGGACUUUGAGCACCUGGAUAAUUGAUUCUCCUGUAUUCUGAAAGAUAAUAUUCAUUUAUCUGGGUGAAAAUUUUAAAGAAUAAUUCCUUUCCUUCCAUCUUCCACCUCCCUCCUUUUUCUCCUUUCUCGCUUCC